UAUGGUGGAAAACGCAAGCAAAAGCUGGAAAAAUAAACGCUUAAGUCCCCUCUCUCUCUCUCUCUCUCUCUCUCUCUCUCUCUCUCUACUCGUGUCUCUGUUCUGCUUCUAUCGCCUUCUUUCAUAGGCCAGUAGCCAGAGAUAGAGUGCAAGCUGAGAGUCAGAAGGGAAGAGGUGGGAGACGAGCGCAGCUAAGCACUGAGGCCUGAUUCUGCGCCCUGGUUGGUUCCCUUUUCAUGGAUUCUUCUAUUUUCUCCGUCCUCUAUGAUCGCUUCGUUACCACGGCAAUUCUGGUUUCAAACUAAGGAAAACAUGGAUUCUUGUUUCCAUUUCCCCCCCCUGGUUAGAAUCUCUGCAUUUCUCGUAUCUACAACUAACUCUGGCGGACCUUAAAGGAACUCUUGUGUUCCUUCGAUCCUCUCUUUUCUCCUUCCUGUCAGAUCAGUUCGAUUUCAAAUCUAAUAAAAAAAAGAGGAGAGGGAUUUAUCAGGGGAAAAUGCUAUGGGUUAUGCGUUUUUCAGGCUUCUUCUCUGCAGCCAUGAUCAUGAUUAUCCUCUCCCCCUCUCUUCAAUCCUUCCCUCCUGCCGAGGCCAUUCGAUCUUCUCACCUCGACGGCUUCUUGGGAAAUCCUAUCACUGAUUUGCCGGACCGAUUCUGCUUCCGAAAAGCGGCUGUAUUCCACAAUGCCGACAAAUGUGGCUUCAGAGAUAACAGAAUCUCCGGAAAAACUGACGUCUGUGAUCCGUCCUUGGUACAUGUUGCCAUUACACUCGAUGUUGAGUACCUUCGGGGGUCAAUCGCCGCUGUACACUCCAUAUUACAACAUUCAUUGUGUCCAGAGAGUGUUUUUUUUCACUUUUUGGUUUCGGAGAUCAAUCUGGAAUACCUAGUGAGGUCUACUUUCCCUCAAUUGAAGUUCAAGGUGUAUUACUUCGAUCCAGAGAUUGUGCGAAAUCUGAUCUCCACUUCCGUGAGGCAAGCCCUUGAACAGCCACUCAAUUACGCGAGGAAUUACUUGGCUGAUCUGCUGGAGCCUUGUGUUCGCCGAGUGAUCUACUUGGACUCUGAUUUAGUCGUGGUUGAUGAUAUUGCAAAGCUGUGGACUACGAAUUUGGGUUCUAGAACAAUCGGUGCCCCGGAAUACUGCCACGCAAACUUUACGAAAUAUUUCACGGCGAGCUUCUGGUUGAAUUUAAAGUUUUCCGGUACUUUUAGUGGUCGGAAAUCGUGCUAUUUCAACACUGGAGUAAUGGUGAUAGAUCUGGCUAAGUGGAGACGGGUCGGGUACACAAAGCGGAUUGAGAGAUGGAUGGAGAUCCAGAAGAGUGAUCGGAUCUAUGAGCUGGGGUCGCUGCCGCCGUUCCUCUUAGUAUUCGCGGGACACGUAGCGCCGAUUGAGCACCGGUGGAACCAACACGGAUUAGGUGGUGAUAAUGUGAGAGGCAGCUGUCGUAACUUGCAUCCAGGUCCAGUUAGCCUUCUGCAUUGGUCCGGCAGUGGCAAGCCUUGGCUGAGGAUAGACUCGAAGCAACCUUGCCCGCUUGAUGCUCUAUGGGCUCCAUACGACUUGUACGGACACUCACAUUGAAUCACAGGAGUAGUCGCCGGGAGAUAUUCAAUUUGAUUGUGCGAGUGUCUGUUGGAUUUGGCAUUAAAGUUACAGUAGCAAUUAGGGCCACAACUGGUCUGUCAGCUGGAGAUAUUCAAUGGUGAGAGGGAGACGGACCAGACGGUGCACGUGAUAAUGGUGCCAUUGCGGUGGAUAUGCAUUUUUUGAAAUGACCAAAUUGCACUUGUUGCUGUUGGGGAAUUGUUAAUUAUAAGCAUUCUGGCUGGUGUCGGUCAACUGAUUUGUGAAAAAUUAUGUGAUGAAACUGAUGAGUAUCUUAUAAUUUUAUUAUAAUAAUUAAUUGUGAUAAAUAUUAUAAAAAUAAUUAAUAAUUAUAAUAAUAUAUCGAUUUUAUUUAUUA